UGCUAAAAUUCUUUUAUUAUUCGGCUUCCGUCUUAAAGUACGGAAAAUAUAAUUGAUCAUAGUCAUGGUUAAUUAUGUUUCGCUAUUUUUUCAAUCGCUUAUAAAGGUUAGUCGGCAAAUUCGUUAAUUUAAAAACAUGAUUUUUAUAAUUUCGCCAACUUAUGAAGGACUUCUGCGUUAUUAAUAACUCUUUUAAUGGAAUAAUAAAGUUAAUUCUACACUCGGAUAAUCAGCGGAACGAUAUUCACUAAUAAGAUAUUGAAUACUCGGUGAAAUAUACUAAUAAACGAAAAAUGUCUGCUUGUAAUUUUUAUCGUAAAAAAUAUUUUAAGCUUCCACGAGACAUCUUGCGUAUAACAGUGAAAGUAUUUUUAAAUGUGCUUCCAUUAUUACUCAGAAGAGCGCAAUGAGAUUUAGCUAGUUGUAAUUACUUAUAUCAGAUGAGCUUGAAGCAUAUUUGUGGAUUAAUAAGUAUCCGAAUAAUUUCCCUAUCAUCGUAUCUUGUUUAUUAUUGUAAAAUCAGGGCAUUAUUAAAAUGGCGAUGAAUUUAGACAAUUCAUAUAUAGGACCAUAUUUGCAGGAUUGGUUGAAGUAUAUCCGCGAGAGUUACAAUGCCGAACAUCAAUUGAUUUCUAAUGGGAAUGAAUUUUGUAUUCCUUAUUCAGGAGUACAGGUGGAAAUGGUGCGAGCUAUAUUUAUCAUAAGCAAUAGCUUCCAUAUCGAGCCAUAUGCCAAGUAUCUAGCGGUUCAUCUCCUCGAUAAGUACAUGAGCUGCCUCUUCUGGGAAUUAAUUUCAAGCUGUUCAGAAGUGACAGAGAGCACGAUGCGUCAACUGUACGAUAAAAUGUCUUGUCAAAUGAAGCUUGUGCUGGCUUCUUGUUUGCAGAUUGCCAGCAAAGUUGACCUUUACAAGACAGGUCUUGGUAUCUCACAGAUUCAAGACCUGCUGCAGUCCAUUGACCCGGAGCGAGACUACAGCAAAUCAAGUAUCUCCUCUUGUGAACUACGUAUCCUUAAGAGUCUGGAUUUUCGCCUACCCCUCUGCCUGCCCAUUCACGCGGUGGAAAUCUUCUUGGCAUUCGCGGAGCUCUCGUCGAAGCACCUUAUCCGCGACACCUGCAUCAAUCUUCUGGACAUUGCUUAUCUACGCCACGAAGAAGUGUUCCGGCAGCUGCACCUCAUGGCCCGUGGCUGCGAAUACGACAAAAGCAAGCGUGUCUGCAGAGACUUUCUAGCUCUCGAGGCAAGUGCCCCUUUCAUCGGAGCGGCCGUCGUCGUUUGCUCGAAUUUCUUCUUCCACCUGAAGCGUAAGGUUGUUGAGAGCCUUGCGACAAGACUUGCCAGUCUCAUUGAAAUGAGUCCGAUUGACAUCAACAUUAUGGCCAAUGUUUUAUUCACUUAUGCCGUCGACGAGGAGGACUUUAAACGCCUACAGCAGAGACAAUUAUAAAUUCUCAAUUAAAUCUGAUUGGUUUAUUAUAUGGAGAUAUAAAAAUACUUUAAAAUUUUGCGAUAUUUGUAUAGCUGCUAUCGCAUACAUUGAUUAUCCCUAUUUAAAAGUAAUGCAUUUUUUAUUGGUAUGUCAGAGC